UCAUGAACUUCACUUCAUUCAUCCUGAAAUUGAUUCUGUCAAUACAAAGUAAGAAAAAUGGCAUCAACAUUAUUAGCUACAUUCCUAGUAUUAUUGUUAUUGUCAAUCCUUUCUUCCCCUGCUGUAGCGCAACCUCGAGCUUUUUUCGUGUUUGGUGACUCUCUCGUCGAUAGUGGCAACAACAACUUCCUUGCCACCACAGCUCGGGCUGAUUCUCCGCCUUAUGGUAUCGAUUAUCCUACUCAUCGCGCUACCGGGAGGUUCUCUAAUGGGCUUAACAUUCCUGAUCUCAUCAGUGAAAAACUUGGUGCAGAACCUACAUUGCCAUACUUGAGUCCUGAGCUAACAGGGCAGAAACUACUUGUUGGAGCCAAUUUUGCAUCAGCUGGAAUUGGAAUUCUCAAUGACACCGGAAUUCAGUUUCUGAACAUAAUCAGAAUCCCCAGACAGCUAGACUAUUUCCAUCAAUACCAACAAAGAGUGAGUGCCUUAAUCGGAGAAGCGAGGACGCGACAACUAGUAAACCGGGCGCUAGUGUUGAUCACCGUCGGAGGCAAUGAUUUCGUAAACAACUACUACUUGGUGCCAUUCUCAGUCAGAUCUACUCAGUUCACUCUCCCUGAUUAUGUGGAUUACCUCAUCUCGGAAUAUGGCAAGAUCCUUGAGCAAUUGUACAACUUGGGAGCUCGUAGAGUCCUAGUAACGGGGACCGGACCACUAGGAUGUGUACCUACAGAGAUAGCACAAAGAGGGAGGAACGGAAAUUGUGCAGAAGAUCCUCAGAAAGCUGCUGAUUUAUUCAAUCCUCGACUUAUCGACAUGAUCAAUCGUUUAAACAACAACAUUGGCUCGCACGUCUUCAUUGCUGCUAAUGCUUUUAGAAUGCACAUGGAUUUCAUCCAAAGCCCUCAAGCAUAUGGAUUUAGGACAUCAAAGACGGCAUGUUGUGGACAAGGACCAUACAAUGGACUUGGACUUUGCACUGUGGUAUCGAACCUGUGUUCGAACAGGGACGAGUACGCGUUUUGGGAUGGCUUUCACCCUACGGAGAAGGCGAAUAGGUUGAUCGUGCAACAGAUUAUGGGUGGUAACACUGACUACAUGCAUCCCAUGAACCUUAGCACUAUAAUGGAGUUGGACUCUAGAGUUUGAUGAACAAGGAAAACAUACGUAUCGUAUCGUAUCGUAUCGUAACGUAGUAUUGAUUCAUUUGCUAGGGAGAACUAUGUAGCCCUAAUUAAGUUUUCGGGUUAUGAGUUAGAAUUGUUGAGUGAUUCGUAUGAUUUUCGAUCUAGUUGUGUUUGGGAUUGGAGAUGGUGGAAUUGAACCAAAUAAUUAAUAGUUGAUUAUGUUCAAGUAAAUCAAAGCAAAAUCGAUUUUCCCUUUAA